CCUUAGAUACUACUCUUUCAGUUCAUGAAACCUGUAUGUAUUUGACCUGCCCACUAAAGUACUUGGAAAUUUUCUUGAUUCCUACCUAAAAAUACAUUCAUGAAAUGAGUUGUUUGUGCCCCCAGUUCGACAUCAGGCAACUCUUUUGUUUCUAUUUAUUUGUUUUUUGCUAGCAGUUUUUUUUUCUGGACAACAGAAACCGGUAAAAAUAUACUAUCAUUUUCAAUCUAAAACCAUCCACACACUAUUUAAUACGAGCUCUCUGAAUUUUGAUCAUUUAUGUUUGAUUUUUGUUGCUCAAAAAUCAGGUCAGCGGUCACAAUUUCUUGUAUAUAUGAGAAUGAAGAGUAAGAAUGCUGCAUCUAAAUUUAUAUAGUGGAAAUAUAGUUUAUGCUAUCUCUAAGUGAUCACAAGAAAAAGAUCAUGUGAUAUGUAUAACUCAUGCUAGAUCUCAGCCUUCAAGUGUACCUUCAUCGUGUGAUGCUACUACUACCGUUAGAUCAUGGAAGGUACUCUUCCAUUGUGCCAUGGACACUGGUUCUUUAUAUGUUCCACCCAACAGAGCAUACAAGUUGUACAGCCUCGGAUUAUUCUUAGAGGCAGAAAUGCUUUAUAUGUUAAGAGCACACCACUGGUGUCAUUUCCUUUGAUGAUUAUGCAUGAAAUUCUACAUCACUUGCUGCAUCUUCAGGUUAUAGUGAGAUUCGGCUUCCAAAAUAGCCACAUUCUUCAGAGCAGCAAUUAAGAUUUGUUAGAGUUGGAGUUCAGUAUUUGGGGCCAUGAUUCCGUUUCGUUGUUUGUUUGACUUCAACUUGGGCAAUUGUGGGAAUUAGGUUGGGUAAGCAAUUGCCGUUUUCUCCAAUUAUCUGAUGACCUGGUACCCAGGUUAGUGAAUAGUUUGAGAAAUAAUAUAGUUACAGAUUUAAGCCGACAACUAAGUUGGAAGCUAGCCUCGUGCUAAACUUUAUUCCAUGGGUGCCACCGCCUUUUUCGUGGUCACAAACCCUUUCCAUGGGUACCACCAUUCAUACUACCUUGCCUUUAGCUUCGAUGGGUUGUUAUUGGCCUUUCUUUCUCUAGCUCCUCCAGCUUAUUUGCUGUUCCUACUAAGCCUUAAAACAAGGGAAGUUUAUUAUUGUGGAGGAUGAUAGCUUUGGAUCCUUCGAAAUAUUAGUAUAGUCGAAAGUCUUGUUUCCCUGUGCGUUAAUACCUUUUCAUUUGGACUGAGCUACUAAUAAUAUUGCAGGUACUAGUUGAUCCUGCGAAGUAAAGGAAAAUUUUAUUUUCUUGCUUGACUUCUUGAUUUACCAAAAUCAAGCUCACAUUAAGGUCAAACAAUUGGGCGCAUUGGGCUCCUUGAUUCAUUUUGCGAGUACUAUGUGCUGACUGCUGCAGUCAAAUGGAAGAGCUCUUCAGUUGACAUGUGAUUUGAGAAUCUAUUUAGCCUCAGAAAGAGCAUAUGCUCAAAAUCAAUGCAUUUUGUCCUUAGGGUGAGGGAAGGUGAUACCUAUCGCAAGAUCUUAAGCAUACAAGUCAGGCCUUCCAAUGCGGUUUCUGGAAGUGGUGCCUCUUCUGGGAACAGGAAAACUAUACCUAACUGCUGCCACACUUAGCACAUAGUAUGUUUAGACUACUGUGGUGUGUUCCAUGAACUUCAUGGACUAAGUACGUUGGUGAUGGUAUAUGAACCAGUGCCCAUUCUUAACCUGCAUAGAAGGAUUUCAUGAUCAAUUGGAGUAUUAGUUGGAGGAGUGCAAGCAUGCACUUCAUACAAGAACCAUCUAUUUGCUUGUCAUGGUUUGGAUGGUUAAUUUACCAAUAGAUGGGUGUAAAAUCUGGAAAAGGAACGUAAGACCUAAUGGUUCCUACCAAAGUAGUUGAUCUGAAGGUGCUUUUCCAAGAAGAAAUCAGCUUAAGACGUAGAACUGGCUGUGAUGAGGGUAGGUGGACCCUUGAAACAAGCUCAGUUAUUGUGUUGAGAGAAUGUAUUUGCAGAUAGCCAAUUGAUGGGAAAAUGAAAGGAGAUAAAGGCUAGUCAAACAUAAAUCAAUUGAUGUUGGAAACAAGAUGCAUCUACAUAUAAGCAGAACAAAAGGGCACACCAGCUUCAUGGAGGAACCAAUAUCACACAUAUGUUAUCUAUUUAAAUGGGCCAUGUUUCUACCUGACAUGCUAUGUCCACUGCCUUGACGAUAUUUUCCGGCUCGUCUGGAGCUUAUAGUUAGCAUUACCCUUAUAUCUUAGACAUCCAAUUAUUUUACCUUUUUAUAGUAUUAUGUACACUAUCCAUCUCUCCCCUUGAUGUAGCUCAUUAUGACAUGAGCUCAUCUCAUGCUAUGUAAAGAUUGAAUUUUCAGUCAGAUCAUUCUUAUGCUUGCUAGAAUGUAAAUGAUAACUGUACUAUUGGAAGAGUGUUGUCACAAAAAAAAACAGUAAUCUGUUUCAACUUCUUUGGCUACUUGUUGUAUUAUGUUUUUUGCAAUGCUUGCUGUAGUUUACGCUGUUUGAGAUUAUUUACCUAGUGCUCGCCAGAGGUUCGGGUGUUAUCUUUCUUACCUGUCAUGGCAAAAUGUAUAUCAGAAAGCUGUUUUUCUUGCUUCUUACUCAAAAGUACAGGAAAUUUGUUUGUGACACAAUCCUAAUACUAUCCAUUGUAUAUAUACUGAUAUCAUGUGCUCUAUCACUUCAUUAAAAGACAAAUGUGGUCCUCAUAUGCUACUUAUCCUGUGUGAAGUUGGAAAUAUAAUCAUAUGAAAUUGUAAACCUAGUGCAAAUAGUUGUUUUUGACUUUUUGGUAUGAAGCCAAAAUAUCUUCAACCAGAUGUGUUUACAUUCCAAAAAAGAAACAGAUGUGCUUUAAUAAUUUGCUCACAAAUAAUCACUAAAAUAUACAUGCAUGCGAGCAACAUUUUCUUGAAGUUAUCACUUUAACUGACUGCACUUUGUUUCAUUUCAAGUUUCUAUCCUCCACCAUCUUUCAUUAUCUUUGAAUGCAACCAAAAUUCUACCAUGGCUGCAAGUAAAAUUUAUUUGUGGAACUUUGACAUGGAUUGUAGAUGUAAUAUUAUAUGUAAGAUGGAUAGUCUGCAGCUGGAGCAGCAUUAUCAGCAUCAUAUGGAUAUACUGCAAAUUAGUUCUAAAAACAUGCCAAUCAUUCAGAUGCUAUUAAUAUAAAGUUCAAAAAAUGAAACUUCAGAUUGUUUUAACCAGUCACGAGUCAUGUAGUCUGUUGUGAUUUUCUUGCCCCUGGUGCUGCCACGACCUUGGCUGUUAUUAUACUCUGAUACUUAACUUGAGUAACAGUGCAGUUUUUCGAGCAGUAACUGUACCUUAACUGAUUGGUAUGCAAAACCAUUGAUAUUGCUUUCUCUGGUUUAAAAACACAAUUCAUAUUUUGUUGUCAAAAUUUGCUCUGGCUUUAUCAUCUCAGCAGUUUGAGUUCUUUUGCUUUGGCUUCUGAUGUUUUCAGCCACAUUGAAUAGAGAAAAUUAGCUCAGUACAGUUUCAAGGCCAUAUAAAUGGGAAAAUAUCGUCUAGUAUAAGGAUGCCAUGUGGUAUCUGAGGACAUGUCAAUAGUUAUAUAUUGGAUAUGUGAAUUGUAUUUUCCAACUCAGUGAUCCCUGUGAUGGUACUGAGCUAUAAUGUCCAAUUAAGUAACUGCAUUGCCAUUUGAUGAAUCAUUUGGCUUUGAUUAUCUCAGAUCCGUGUGACUCUAAUCUCACUUCCCACAGUUCUAAGGUCUGAAAUGCUUGUAUUUUGUCCCUUAAGUUUAUGCAUUUGUGAUGCUUCAUGCACUCACUUAUACUCCCUCCGUUCCUAAAUAUAGGUCUUUCUAGAGAUUCCACUAUGAACCACAUACGGAUGUAUAUAGAUGUAUUUUAGAGUGUAGAUUCACUCAUUUUACUCCGUAUGUAGUCCAUAGUGGAAUCUCUACAAAGACUUAUGUUUAGGAACGGAGGGAGUAAAUGUUAUCCCAUUUGCAGCUGCAACUUGUUUAACUGAAGUACUAAUACUAUGCCUCAAAAUUUCCAGAUUGUGCAAACAUCUGGUCAGACUGUACAUGAGUCAUGGCUGGGCAUCAUUAUCACAAUUCCCAGAUGUCAAGAAUGGAUCGUACGAACCAGCCACGUAAUGAACCUCCGCCUUUUGGUCAAAAGUUAUUUAUGCAUCCUAGAGGUGAUGCAUCUAAUGGAGCGGGGCCAUCAGGUUAUGGGGUUACAACUGUGAGAUCUAAUGAGCUUCCAUCCUCAAGCUACGCCGGUCAGUCUUAUGGUCAGCAGAUUGGAGCCCCUGGAACCUUGCAUUCUUCCCAUGCUGGUUAUCCUCCUGCUGGAAGCUCUAGUAGCAGCUAUGCACCAUACAAUACUCAACAUGUGCCUUCUUUAAGCUAUCCACGUAGAUCUGAGGAUAGUUUUAUUCCUGGAGUCCAUGUGGAUGACAGAAGGGUUGCACCGAAGCGGAGAAAUCCCAUCACUCAUCCUGUGGAUGGUGUCAGUGCUGGAGCCUAUUAUCCUGGCAGUUCUUCCAAUAAUCAGUUCUCUGGUUACAUGCCCCUGAAUCCUGUUCCUACUCGUGAAACCUGCCCUCCACAAAUAAGUUCAAACAUGGGUUCCGGCCACUGGAACGAUCAUCAGUUUGUUAAUCAUGAAGGAUCUCAGAGGAAUGUGAGGGGACGCCAUGAUCAUAGUUCUAUCCAUUCGGAAUAUAAUUCAUCUACAGCUUGCCCAUCAAACAGUCUUCAUGUGCCACCAUACCAUCCAAAUGCAAAUGCUCCUUUUGGAAGUGCACCAGUACAGCGGGAAAGAGCUCCUUUAUCUCUACCUCCCAGAAUUGUUCCCCCAGGGACAGAUGGAAGCACUGGCAUAGCAUUCAGAGAGAGGCCAUUCUAUCCUGCUCCACAGAGCACCAACAUAAGUGCUCCUGUGCCAACACUUCCUGGUUCUUCUGACGGUGCACCAUUUGCACGCAUUGGAUACACUCCUAGACCAGUUCAUCAUAACGCUGGCCACAAUUAUCCACCGCCAGCUUUUACAACUUCUUCCAACUCUGGAGCAGUUCGGUGUGAGCCUGCUAACCCUCACUAUCAACCUGCCAUGCCCAGCUAUCCUCCUGCUACUGCUGCAGCAUCAAGUGUCCAGCCAUUACAUGCUGAAGCAUCUUUUAGACAGCCAAGGCACGUCUCUGUAGGGCAUGGUGGUAGUGCAAGGAGUAGAAGGAUGAGGGAUUCCUAUCAUUGUUUUCAUCCUUUGAUGAUUGAGGAGAAUAACCUAGGAAGAUCGGCUGCUGAGCGUUCUAUGAUGCUGGACCAGUUGGUCAUCCACGAAUCUAGAGAAGCAUUAGAUCCUCACUGGGACAUGAGACUGGACAUUGAUGACAUGAGCUAUGAGGAGCUCCUGGCGUUGGAAGAACGAAUUGGCAAUGUAAACACUGGCCUGGCUGACGAAAAAAUCUCAGGCUGCGUGAUGGAGCUAGCCUGUCGUAGUUCUGCCCGUACACAGAAUGAUCAAGACAAGGAAAGAUGCAUAAUUUGCCUGGAGGAAUACAAGCACAAGGACUCACUUGGGAAACUGAAAUGUGGGCAUGACUUCCACGCGGGCUGCAUCAAGAAGUGGCUGGAGGUGAAGAACGCCUGCCCGGUUUGUAAAGCCGAUGCCGCAAAUGAAGCCACCUGAGGGACCAAGUAGUGCGCCCCUCCACAUUUAUCCUAGUUCAGGAAUUUCAGUUAUAUCUGCUCAUUGUGCUGCUCAAGUUGGCUGUGUAAAUAAUAAUUAAAGUCCUAAAGUUAGGAUUGUUUUAUGAACUCAAAACAUCGUGCCCAAUGUAAGUAUGAAUCUUUAAGCAAGUUAUCGGCUAGUUAUCCAAAGCCCCCAGUAAUUA